AUGUUACACAAUACCACUUAUCACAUUUCACUUGAUUGUGCACCUAUACAAUUGGCUUUUGGUAGAAGCAGGUAUUAUUUAAAUAAGAUUGAAAAUAUUCAUAAACUUCUUAAUAUUGCUAGUAAUUAUAUGGAUAAAAAAUCUUUAAAAAAUUUAGAAAGGAAGAAAGGAAAUAGAAAAUCAUUUAAUUUAUUGAAACAGAAGUUUAUGUCAAAAAUAUGGAAGUUGGCAAGUUAUUACCAGUAUAUAUUGUUUUAUUUAAGGUUUUAA